UGCCGGCAGUCUGGUGCUUGAGCAGAGCUGAGGCCUGGGAGAACUUGGGAAGGAUGACAGGAAGCAGCUAGCUGUGGGAAGGGAGUGCUGGAGGGCACUUUAAGAUUGGGCUCUCCGUGGGGAGCCCCAAGUCCUGAUAACCCUAGGAGUGGAUUGGAUUCUCUACUAAGCACCUGACCCUCUGCUUGGUGCUUUAAGUGAGUCAUCUCCUUAAUGUUCCUUUGAUCGCCGAGGGAGAUUACACUCACAGAAGAGUCACGUCGUAUCCUUUCAGCCACAUUAAACCCCCAUUUACAGAUGAGGAAACUGAGGCCCAAAGACUCCAGAGAUCCUGCCCCGAGGUCACCGGUGCGGUCCGGAUGUCUCCAAAGGUUCUCUCACUUUGAAUCCCGCCGCAGGCCCUUCCUCGUGCUGCCGCCGCUGAUGGAGUGGAUCCGGGUGGCCGUGGCGCACGCCGGCCACCGCCGCAGCUUCUCCAUGGACAGCGACGACGUCCGCCAGGCCGCCCGGCUGCUGCUGCCCGGCGUGGACUGCGAGCCGCGCCAGCUCAGGGCCGACGACUGCUUUUGCGCUUCUCGGAAGCUGGACGCAGUGGCCAUCGAAGCCAAGUUUAAGCAGGACCUGGGCUUCCGGAUGCUGAACUGUGGGCGGACGGACCUGGUGAAGCAGGCAGUGUCUCUUCUGGGGCCCGACGGGAUCAACACCAUGAGCGAACAGGGCAUGACCCCCCUGAUGUACGCCUGUGUCCGUGGGGACGAGGCGAUGGUUCAGAUGCUGCUGGAUGCCGGAGCUGACCUGAAUGUGGAGGUUGUCAGUACUCCUCAUAAAUAUCCAUCCGUCCACCCCGAGACCCGCCAUUGGACGGCUCUGACUUUUGCUGUGUUGCAUGGACAUAUUCCUGUAGUUCAGCUCCUCCUGGACGCCGGGGCCAAGGUGGAGGGCUCUCUGGAGCAUGGUGAGGAGAACUACUCAGAAACGCCCCUCCAGCUCGCAGCCGCCGUAGGAAAUUUUGAACUGGUUAGUUUGCUGUUGGAGCGAGGCGCGGACCCCCUGAUAGGAACCAUGUACAGGAAUGGAAUUUCUACCACCCCCCAGGGUGAUAUGAACUCUUUCAGCCAGGCCGCAGCCCAUGGACACAGGAAUGUGUUCCGCAAACUGCUCGCUCAGCCAGAGAAGGAGAAGAGUGAUAUCCUGUCCCUGGAGGAGAUUCUGGCUGAGGGGACUGACCUGGCGGAGACAGCCCCGCCCCCCCUGUGCGCCAGCCGCAACAGCAAGGCCAAACUCAGAGCCCUGAGGGAGGCCAUGUAUCACAGCGCUGAGCAUGGCUACGUGGAUGUCACAAUUGAUAUCAGGAGCAUAGGUGUCCCGUGGACCCUGCACACGUGGCUGGAGUCUUUGCGGAUCGCCUUCCAGCAGCACCGCAGGCCCCUCAUUCAGUGCCUGCUGACGGAGUUCAAGACCAUCCAGGAGGAGGAGUACACGGAGGAGCUGGUCACCCAGGGCCUGCCCCUGAUGUUCGAGAUCUUGAAGGCCAGCAAGAACGAAGUGAUCAGCCAGCAGCUGUGUGUCAUCUUCACUCACUGCUACGGGCCGUACCCCAUCCCCAAGCUCACAGAGAUCAAACGGAAGCAGACCUCACGCCUGGAUCCUCAUUUCCUUAACAAUAAAGAAAUGUCAGAUGUCACCUUUCUGGUAGAAGGAAGACCAUUUUAUGCUCACAAAGUGCUGUUAUUUACAGCAUCUCCAAGGUUCAAAGCACUCCUCUCCAGCAAACCAACGAACGACGGCACCUGCAUAGAGAUCGGGUACGUGAAGUACCCCAUCUUUCAGCUGGUUAUGCAGUAUCUCUACUACGGUGGCCCAGAGUCGCUUCUCAUUAAAAACAACGAGAUAAUGGAGCUCCUGUCUGCCGCUAAAUUUUUCCAGCUGGAGGCUUUGCAGCGACACUGUGAGAUUAUCUGUGCAAAAAGCAUCAAUACCGACAACUGUGUGGAUAUUUACAACCAUGCCAAGUUUCUUGGAGUCACAGAGCUCUCAGCAUAUUGCGAAGGCUACUUUCUCAAAAACAUGAUGGUCCUUAUCGAAAAUGAAGCCUUCAAGCAGCUCCUAUAUGACAAAAACGGUGAGGGCACGGGCCAGGAUGUGCUGCAGGACUUACAGAGGACGUUGGCCAUCAGGAUUCAGUCAAUCCACUUGUCAUCUUCCAAAGGCUCUGUUGUAUGAGACGUCCGGUCCAGGAGUGUUCCCGGGGACUUGCCAGUUCGGCUGCUACGUUGGCUUCCCGUGGACCUACACGUCUCACCUGGCGUCUGUGUUUGGCUGAGCCAAGGAGCUGCCUCAACUGCCUCAGCUGCUCUUGACAAAGCAAAUGCAGCUCCCGUGAGCUCUUGUUGAGAAAGAAAGGACAUGCCACUGGCCUACAGAUCAGAGUGCACCUGGAUCCAGAGGUAGAAGACCAUGGGGCAGCCACGCUGACCUCAUCUGAAAGCCCCCCGGGGCAGUUGAACACCCCUUGCCAAGGGCCUCUGUCCAGUGGGCGGACUGAGAACUAAAGCUCAUUCAGGUUCCAGGUGGACAGUUGGAGAACUUCACCAUACUGACCCUGAAUAGCAUUAUAUUUAUUACACAUUAAGGACCUUAGUAGCUGCAGUUCCAUGAGUCAACAGGAUAGCAAAUUGGUGAGACUGUUACCAAUAACGAAGACAAAUUUUUAGGGGUGGGAACUUUUUAAAAUGUUCAUAUAAAAACCCCCAAAACAGGGCAGCCUUGUAGUUUAAAAUAUAUUUCUAAAAGCUUAACAGUUCAUUUUCAACUGAAUUGUGUUUAGGGAUCUGUGUUUUGAGAUUUCUUUUCUUUUUUCAAGAAAAAAACAGUAAGUAGCAGGUCUGUACUGUAUAAACAUGCAUCUGACAAGAUAUUGCUGAUAUUCUACACAAGGUGAAAUAAUAACCUUGCCUUAGGGAUCAUGGUUACACAAAAGAGGUGCACUGCCAAUAAUUAUCUCUAACUCAGUAGUUGAAAAAAAAACCUGCAUGCUGAUUGUGGUUUCGGGGUGAGAAUAAAAUCCCCCCACAUUAAAAAAAAAUCACACAUGCAUUUGCAUGGGCCCGAACCUGUAAAUUGUUACGUUUGUGCUUCAUUUUUGCCAAGGUAAAAAUGUCCCAUCACUUCUUGCUAAAAGUCCAUUUGGUGAAACUAACAUAUCCAUUUCCUUCCAUAGUUACGAAUGUCCCUGAGAUGCUCUUGCAGAAGUGUGUUCAUAGAUGAUGCUGCAUAGGGGAUGGGGGCGGGGCACGUUGGAGAAUUUACUAUUAAUCCCAGAGUUCUCUCUGUAUUCUCAGAAGAUGUUAAUAGUUUGUUACUAGCCAGAGAAUAUGACUAUGUUAGAUUAUUUUUAAAGAUGAAAUAUGUAUGAUAGGAUGGAUUCUCUCUGUAUUCCAAGAGUGUACAGUAUAGGUUAUCUAUAAUGAAAGUUUAUAUUGACAGGGUUCCGUUUGCUCUGCCAUAUAUUGUAAGCAGAAGAGAUUAGUGAAGUGCCACAAUAUUCCAAACAAUCUCUGAGUUGCUGCCUUU